AUGUUUUCGUUGAUAAUACUACUGAUAGUAUUCGUAUCUGAGAAAGCGAAUGGUUAUGUCUCGAAUAUGAAUUAUGUACCGAUGGGUACUAAUCCGACCCUGUAUCGGCCAGGUUAUGAUCCAGUCAUGCAGCUUGAUGCUGUCACCUUUCACGAUACUAUAUUCAUGCAAGAUCAUGCCUUUGUGGUUGAAUUCUACGCUGACUGGUGUGGACACUGUCGCGCCUUUGCUCCAUUUUACUUGGAGUUCGCAUCCUCCGUACGCUCAUGGGAAAAUGUUGUAACAGUGGCUGCAAUUAACUGCGCUGAUAUUGUCAACCAGAAGAUAUGUAGCGAUGAGGGAAUCAUCGGAUAUCCUAUGAUCCUGUAUUACCCUCGACAUGCCCGAAGCCGUGCCGAUGCAAUUAAGCUAGAGCCAAGACAUUCUUUACCGCAUAUGAAAAGUCAACUUACACAAGUUAUACGAAACGAAUAUAAUCAGUUUCGCUAUGCAGACUGGCCAGACUUCACCUACUUGACAACUGACAGUGCAAUGGAAUUGAGAAAUUUUUGGAAUCAAAUGAAUGAUUCACAUCAAUUUCUGGUCUUGCUAUUCGAGCAAUUCGAUAAUGUUGGUGUGGAAUUCUUGCUGGAUAUGUUUCCGCUCCAAAAAACGGUACUUACCAGGAGAAUUGUUGUUUCUUCACCUGUUACUCGGUCAUUCACUAUCACACAUUUGCCAUAUGUUUUGGUUUUCAAACGUAAUCAAGACAGUCCUAUCUAUCAAAAUCCAUAUGGUCAGCAGUCGUUGCAAGAAGUAAUGAGGAUAACAUAUGCGAUACAAAAGCAGCCUGUCCUUCCUGUCUCACCGGUACCAACACCUGUCAUGCGGCAGGAUAUCGUGCAGUGCGAGUUAUAUCACGAUAAAUGUCGUGAGUUAUACUAUGUGUCGGAGGUGGAUAUGCUGAAAGCAAUGCGCAUGGCAAUAUUCGAUGAAGUAAUUAAAACAGACAACAACAUUGCUGAUACGAACUUUACAGCACUUCUGGACUUCAUCAUCACUCUUGCUAAACAUUUUCCAAUUUACACAUCUAAUACAACAUCACAAACAACGAAUCAGAAAUCAUUCGCGGCCUUGAGGCAAAGCACACGAGCCAAAUCAGUCUUUUUGCAUCUUCGACAUUUUCUAGAAGCACACAGGGGAAAGCGUACAAUUUCGACGGCUGUAUGGCGAAAUCAAUUCCAGAAUAUUGAACGAGUGUAUGGCUAUCCGUUCCCGACGAAUGCUUCCUGGGAGCACUGUAAAGGUACAGCAUUAGGAUAUCGAGGCUAUACUUGUGGUCUAUGGACAACAUUUCACGCAAUCACUGUUAAUGCUUUCGUGCAAGGACUACAAUCACCGAUCAGUGUGCUGUUCAGUAUACGUGGUUGGGUAGCCAACUUCUUUGGUUGUCUGGAUUGUCGACGACAUUUUUUGCACAUGACAACCACUCUCUAUCCCUUAACUAAACGUCGGGUGCAAAAUACUUACGAUAUGAUGUUCUACCUUUGGCGUGCUCAUAACAUUGUUAAUGCCCGACUGCACGGAGAUAAAGCAACGGAAGAUCCACAAUUUGAAAAGCGACAGUUUCCACCAACUUUUCUCUGCUCAGUAUGCCAUUCAGACGGAAUGUUCAGCAGAAAAAAUGUCCGAGACUUCUUAGUCAACUUCUACACAGCAAUCAGGCCAUACAAUGGAACAAAUCAUGUUUCGAAUAGUCGAAAGCUUUCUUAG